UUCACAAAUUGGAACACGAGUGUGUGAUUGGUUUAUUCUCAGUGCUACGUAGCCAUUCGAUCUAUCAUCAUACACUGUGCCAUGCAAAACAAACGGGAAGUUGGAAGAAGUGGGAAAGGGACAAGUUUUAUGAAAUUUCUCGCUCUGUGAAUAUAUUUGAGUGCCCGAAAAUAUUAUUUUUGGGAAAUCCAUUCAGCUACCUAGCUAGUUAGUUAACUCGGAUAGGUUCUAGGAGUGACCAUUCAAGCAGUACUUCUGCAUCCAGAGCAAGAGACUGGGGUGUAAGGACAUGGCAAGUAGGGGUGGUGCAACACGACCCAAUGGGUCGAACACAGGCAACAAGAUCUCCCAGUUCAAAUUAGUACUCUUAGGGGAGUCCGCUGUGGGAAAGUCCAGUCUGGUACUUCGUUUUGUCAAGGGCCAGUUUCAUGAAUUCCAAGAGAGCACAAUUGGAGCUGCCUUCCUGACUCAGACAGUAUGUUUGGAUGACACAACAGUCAAGUUUGAGAUCUGGGACACAGCUGGUCAGGAGCGCUACCACAGCCUAGCACCCAUGUACUACAGAGGUGCCCAGGCUGCCAUCGUGGUCUACGACAUAACUAACAAAGAGUCCUUUGCACGAGCAAAGAACUGGGUUAAGGAGCUUCAGAGACAAGCCAGUCCAAAUAUUGUAAUAGCGUUGGCUGGGAACAAAGCUGACCUUGCAAACAAACGAGCAUUGGAUUUUCAGGAUGCCCAGUCAUACGCAGAGGAUAACAGUUUACUGUUCAUGGAAACAUCAGCAAAGACCUCUAUGAACGUUAAUGAGAUGUUCAUGGCUAUUGCAAAGAAAUUACCCAAGAACGAGCCUCAAGCUGCCGGAGCGAACAGUGGACGGAACCGGGGAGUGGAUCUUACGGAGACAGCUCAGCCAGCCAGCCGUUCCUGCUGCAGUACCUAAACCUGGCCCACUCUUCCUAACUCUGAAUCACAUCUGGACAUGGUGUUCCCCUUCCUGACAUCAGACCUUCCACCUCUCGUCCUUUCUCCUGGGAAUAGCUGAAGACUGUAUAGCUGCAUUUCUAAUACUUUGUUUGGUUUUACUUUUCAUUUUAAAGUGUAUAAUAUAUGCAUGUAUCACUACAAGGCCUAAAACAUUUUUUUAUUUUAUUUUUUUACUUCAGUUGGAAGACUAGCCCCUACGAGAGAGAGUAAGCAGUGUGUGUGUGACUGAUUCCCUGAAGAGAAUGUGUAACCUAGGUCAUAGGGUUAUUGGACUGGGGGUAAAAGUGAGUUGAGUGUCCUUCCAACCAGAACAAAUCAAAUUCCCCCAUUGUGAAAUGCCUGGAGGCUAUGACAGUUUGUACUGGGUAUAAUACCAUUAUUGAAGCAGUGUCAGGUAAGGACUAUCAAAUCAAGCAUUCCCCCUUGCACCUGCUGCCGAGACGAAGACAUCUCCGUCUGCAGAGAAGUUUGGCAAGAACAUCCAACGCCAUUACACCACUGGCCCACUGCAACCGGUUGAAUAGGAUAAAAGGGUGGUUUUGUGAUUGGAUGGCUGGUGACUCUGCAAGUUUGUCACAUCUAUGAUGACUGCCUUGUGCAUCAUGGGAAGUCCUUCUUCAAACCACAAUAUUCUCUGGUUGAUACAUUGAUUUAAGGAAGAACACUGAGACAGUUGGACAUGCUCAGACAAGUUUUGUAAAAUGUCUAGUCCUUUGUUUCCCCAAACUGUUAUUGUUCAGUUAUCAACUUGUCAGAAUUAGCGGUGUUUAAAAGUAGGCCUCAAACCAUGCACCAACAUAAGUCUUGACUAUUACCUAUCAUCAGUCUGUGGAAUAUUACUCUGUUAUAUAGGGUGUUGCAAUGUUGUCUUCUACCAAUACAGCUUGGAGGGCAUAAGCUUGUCAGGAAAGUAUCUAGAGAUUCCGAACAAUUUUACAGUACACCAAUGUAGGUCUAGGUCUGCUAUGGGUUUGUUACCUUGUCACAAACAAACUGGUUAAAUGCUAAUCAAUGGUGUUCUUUUUAAAUAUGUAGUGUUAUUAACAAUUCAAUUGUAUCUCCUGUGUCUUGUUACUUUUCUCAAUGGUCUGUUCAUAUUUGAGAGGACUAUUGCAUUGCACAAUUGUUGGUUAUAAUUUUAAAUAAUGACUGGCCAUUACAAUUUAUAAAACUGAUGCACUGUGUCGGACUUGUUAACCUAUUGCCUCAAACAACCGGAAGUGGUACUAACUGACUGGUAGUCUUUCUGAAGCCAGGUGGAUUUAACAAUGUCAAACAUGACUAGUGAAGGAUCAGUUUGAGUGUCAGGGUACAAGUCAAUAAAUUAGAUAUAUUGUA